AUGGCUGCCACAGCCUGCGUCGGUUUCUGGGGACAUGGGGGAUGGCCUUGCACAGACGAGUGCGGGCAGUUCCGCUGCUCCGGGCGGUGGCGGCAAUUCGGCUGGUCGAGUACUAACUACGCCGAAGUGCGCGAGCCCAUAUUAUCGGGGACGAUCAAUAACCAGGGCGGCUUGUUGUCGGACGGCUAG